AUGUCAAUAGCUGAAGGUAACGCGACCGGCCACGAAAGGAAAACAGCACCCGGAGAGGAUAGCACGGAUAGUGACAAUGAAGCUGAGAGAAGAGCUCUUCUACGCAGGAUAUCCACCAGUAAAUGUGUCGGCAGGCUGCCGGUCGUGAAGGAGGGUUACUUGAUGAAGCAGACACGAAGCUUCCAGAGAUGGCAGCGUCGUUACUUCAAACUGCGAGGUCGGACCCUCUACUACGCCAAGAAGAAAGACGAUUUAAGUCAUCGUCAGUCCUGA